UUCUGUCAUACAUCAUUCUUUUCUUCUCCUUCACCACUUUUUAUUUAUCAUCCUCCCUCCCUCUUUACCUUUCCUCCUCCUGUGCAUCCCUCAUCUUUCCCUUCCCUGUCAUCUGUAUCUUGACUUCUCCCUUUUCUACAUUCUUCAUUUUCUCUUUGGUUUUCUGUGGCCACCCCCUCUUCCUCUUUUACAUUGCUUUUCUCCUCCAUCCUUGUCGUUCAUGACCUCACUUCCUCUUUAUCUCUUUUUUCUUUAUCACUUCCCCUCUUCACCUUACAUCUCUAUCCCUCAUCUACCUCUUCUCUAUCUCUCUUGACCUCCUUCCUCACCCUACAGAGCCCCCCAUGCCCCUCCAGCAGGUGUCCAGGGAUGGGAACAAAGUAGGUGUGCAGGAGAACAAGGAUAACCACAAACACAGGGAGCAGUUUUAUGCCACAGUGUGCAAGAUGUCACCCCACAGGGACCCCACUGCUGUUGACCGAAUCCCUGGUAAGCAAGAGAACUCAUCCUUCAGGCCACGCUGGGUUCCUAACGACAGGUGAGGUGGAGCAGGCGGCCUCCUCCAUGCGCGAUGGAGGGCUGUCACUCACUGCCAGAUGUGUCGUCAGUAUUGAUGUCUUUCUCGUGACAUCCCGUCCGUGAGGCACUGAACAGAGGGCAGUGAAGCGUGAGAGAGCAGCUGUUGCAUCGACCAACGCUGCACCCGACACCUCGCGCCACUCCAGGCCCCGAAGUCUGCUGGGGCUGAAAGGAUCCCCACCUGCCCCGCGGCGUGAGGGGGCGUGAGAGAGGAGGAGCAGGUGUCCGAGGAAGGCGGAGAAUGCAUGUAAUGUUGAUGCAGCGUGGUGUGCCCGGGAGGAGGCGCCAACGUGGAGGAAUGUACAUAUGCAACAACCGCAGCCACACUGCAGUACUCUUGGGUUAACCCGACGUCGAGGAGUUAAGAGCAAAGGAGCAGCAUGGUUGGGGCAGCAGUUGGAUGAGCAAGUGGGGUAUGCUAAGAUGAAGCAACGGAGACAGGAAAAGGUGACAUUGGGAGGCAGCCUUGGGACAUCCUUCUCUGGCAGGUGUGGUGCAGGCCUGGAGAAGGAUGAAGGACAAGCGAAGAGCCUCAUUAAAGGAUUGGUGAACAAAUCUUGUGGUCCAAUUCGACCACGGUCCUCCAACUGGAACACAAACAUUGGUUCAGGUUCAAGUGACGCCACUCACGCCGUCAGUCAGGCAACUACUGUCAUCCAAAAGUGAUGGAAGGAAGAAAGAGAGAGAGAAGACAAAAAAGGAAGAGGACAUAAGAGAAGAACGAAGACAAUAGGAGAAGAGGAAGAAAAAAGAAGAAAUGAGAGAAAGAAGAUAGAGGAGAGAGAAAGAUAAAGAAGAAAUAAAGGAGAAUAGGAUGGAAAGAAAAGAAAUGAGAGUAAUAGACUCUCUCUCUCUCUCUCUCUCUCUCUCUCUCUCUCUCUCUCUCUCUCUCUCUCUCUCUCUCUCUCUCUCUCUCUCUCUCUCUCUCUCUCUCUCUCUCUCUCUCUCUCUCUCUCUCUCUCUCUCUCAUGCCUAGUAGAAGAACCUGGUGAGUCCCCGUCAGAAACUUGAAAACAUUUUCUGUUCCAGCGAGAGCUCGCGAAAGACUUCCCAACACGUGCGAGUGACUGGAUGGUCUGGGAAGUACUCACCCUGGAAACACAGUGAGGGAUUAAUAAAAGGAAGGAUAUUGGCA